AUGAUGUAUGGAACAAAAGCCAUCCAACUGGUCAAAGAAAUUGCAAAUGGCGAAAAGGGGCAGCUCACGCCUUUCAGUAGUGAUGUAUUUAGUGAAGUAAUUGCAGAAUGUAGUCAACACUUUGCUGACCUUCGAUCCUUGAUAAGAAAAAUGCAGGAAGCAGGAUUAGAUGUCGAAACAACUAAGGAUGAGGACCACUAUGGGCAGCUCAUUCACCACCUCUCUUUAGUUCGCAAUAAACGCUGCUUGAUGGCAUAUAUGUACAACCGAGCAGAAAUUUUACGAAAUCUGGUAUGGAAGGUCGGGUCUGACAUUCCAGAAGAAAUUCAAGAGAAGCUUAGUCACUCAGAGAAAGAGUACUUUAAGAAACAUUCAGAAGCUUUAAAAUCAUAUAUGUCGAGAGUGGUUCUCGAGUUGGCAGUGGAUAUGGUGCCCCCAAAAGAUCCCUACAUCAAGGUGAGAGUACUCGAUGACAUGGGUGAAGUAGAAUUACCAAGCGAUAAUACAGCCAAUUUUGCUCGUCACUCCAUGCAUUUUCUUAAACGAACUGAUGCUGAGAAAUAUAUUUCACUGGGCAAGAUGGAGGAGCUCACAGGCUGA